GUUAAUGUUAGGUUUAAAAUCAGAUUUUAAGAAGAUACAUUGUAGAGAUAGCUGGGUGUAAGACUUUGUUGCUGUUCUAACUAGUUACGACCCUGACACGGGACGUUUUAUCCGGGUAGAAGAAAAGCAGUCGACUAUAGUUUUUAUUUUAUAUUAAAACAGCUUGCUAACUUAGCUAUACACGUCGAUGUCUUCGAAUUCAAGAGUACAAUACAAGGGGAAAAGAAUGUCUCUUGCGGAGGAGCGAGAGAAGGCCACCCUCAGGCAGUGUGUGCAGGCGCGCUCUCAGCUGGAGGAGGCCAUCGGUGGGGUGACGAGGGCUGAGGCCCAGCUCAAGGACAACUCCAGAGAGGUGAAGUCCCAGCUUCACACCUGUAUCAGCAGACACCUGGAGUUUAUGCGUUCCCGUGAGGUGUGGCUGCUGGAGCAGAUUGACCUUGUGGAGCAGCUAAAGGGAGAGGCUCUGCAGACGCAGCUGCAUCAGCUUCACUGUCUCCGAGGUCAGUUUGACAUUCUCAUUCAUCAGCUAGAGAACUCCAACAGCAACAAUCUGGCCAACCAGCUCACCAGCUGCAUGGAAAAGUUAUCUUCCCUAAACUUGACUCCUGAGGAAACCCCUGAGAUGAGCUUCCUGGCUGACACUCGCUCCCUGCGUCAGGCCAUCACCUCCUUUGGAACCAUUGCCACCCAGCACAUGGAAGUAGGACCCGUGUUGAAUAUUGUCCCUCAAAAAUCGAAUACUAGUGAGCAAUCUUGGCUUCAGCAGAGCUGUCCAAUAGCAGCUAAGAGACAGAGUGCGACGUCUGUACCCCUUUCCGACUGGCUCCUUGGAAACCGUCCAGUGACUACUACCCCAGUUGGAUACCAGCCAAGCAAGAACCCACAGGAUUGGUUGAUCCCCCGCAGUGAUAUUCAGUCAUCCUGCCCUAAGGCCCCCUUUGACUUCCACAAGUCCUGGGGCCACCUGAUGGACUUGGAGCUGUGGCUGCUGAAGGAGGAGACUCCCAUCAGAGAGAGAACCAACAGUAUCUGUAGCAGCAGCAGCUCAACCUUCUCCAUCGAGAAGAUUGAUGAGUCUGAGUUAGACAUGGCUCUUGAGGAGGAAGAGAGGGCAGAGAUGGAGAAACUGAGUGACUGGCUCAUCACCCCAGCUACUGUUGCCAAGGAGACCACCAGCGAGAGCUGCCAGGGCUCUGAUGUUGACAGGUGGAAGCAGGUCUUCAAGCCUUUCCAGGAGGGCUUCUCCACCAGCGAUUGGCUGCUCAAAUCAGACUGCGGCUCUUGCUGUGACAAGUCUGUGGAGAUUGAGAACCUGGGCAAAAUCUUGUGCCUGAAAACCACCCCCACCUCUGCCAACACACCCCAGACCCCCAACACACCCCAGGCCAGCAGUCCUGCAAAAUCUUGUGCCAAAACCACCCUCACCUCUGCUGCCACCACACCCCAGACACCUGCAAAGCCCUGCGCCAGCUUCUCCCAGUGUGUGUGUGAUGAGAACUGCGGCAAAGAGGCCCUCUCCACCUGGCUCCUCAAGAAGGAGGGUCGGGACAAGAACGGGGUCUCGGUGGACAAAAACAACCCCAGCAAGCAGUCCACCCUCUACCACCAAGAGCAAGAACAGAAGGUUCAGGGAAUCUUGGAGGCCUGGCUCUACCCUAGCAAGCCUGGCAAGACCAUAGGCCCCACAUCCCAAGCCUUAUCCCCCUCAGCCUGGGUGUCUCAACCAGCCUCCCAGGGGGAGGAGAAGGCCAGCAGGGUGGAACACAGCUCCCAGUUCAAAGCCCCCAAGUGGGAGAACCCCUUCAGCAUACCACUGCAUCCAGAGUGCUGGGUCUUACCUGAGAAGACCCACAGUAGCACUGCUGUCACAAAGGAGCAACCCAGCACAGAACCAGAGGAGGACAAGUGGCUUAUACGCAAGCGGGCCAAUGCUCAGGAGCGACUUGCCCCUCCCACAGUAUGUGAUCUAUUUUCCUGUAUGAAAAUCGGUGGAGACCAAGAGAAGUGGUUACACCGGGCACCUAUACAGAUGUAAAAGCUGUAACCAGUAGCUUUUUUGAGGAGAUUUUUAGGAUUCUAUUGUGGAGCCACUUUAAUCCUGAUCGUCGCGCACAAUUUCUUGAUUAACUUUUUCCUCCAAUGCUCGUCUGGGUCUCUUUCUCCCCCCUCUCUGAGAUGUGCCUCUAGUCUGAAGUAGAGACUGGGGUUUGGAUGUACUGCCAUCUGGAUUUUUUUGAAUUUGUCUUCUAUAAUCAUAGCGUUCUCAAUGUCAAGCUAGCAAGAUGGGCCCUUGGAUCUAAAGCUAACUCAAUGUGAUUUUUGAGAAUCUUUGUUCCCAAGUACCAGCUCAAUACAUUAAUGUUUGGUUUGAGGGAGGUGAGAUUUUAUUUUAAUCAACCAUAUUUUAAGAAGCCCUUUUUAUGAAAUGCGGCAAAGAGUUGUCACGCAUACAUCACUAGUGCUGUUCAGAGUUCCAUCAGUCUGUGACUAUGCACCGUGGGCAUAUCUACCCCCCCCCCCCCCAAUACUCAAAUAAGACUACAGGUCAUGUAAGCUAUACUUUGAUUUCUAUUUCCUAGUAUAUGUUUUCUUCCAAUCUGGUGAGAUCUUAUUGUCUUAAACACCAGUAUAGCUUUCUCUUAAAUGGCUUCAAAAUAGUCAUCUGAUUUACAAGCUUAACCUAAAGUGUUCUCCAUGACCAAUACAUCUUCCUUUAUCGGUUUAUGUGCCUCAAGUUUGCUUCAUUGUAUUUAGUGGAUACGUUGUGAAAAGUGUUGGUUUUCCUGUCCGGUAUCACCUGUGUGUUGAGAUUGUAUCACUGCCGUGCAAGAGUUGAUUGUUUUCAUGUUGCAAAUAUGCAAGCUGAAAAUGUUGUGCCCAAUAUAGUAAUUCCAUUGAAAUGACUUUCGAUUGGCUGAAUCGAACGAAGCAAACGACUACUGCGUAAUCACGGAAGAACCGAUCAAAAAAUAACACCUUGUAUUAAUAACCACUGAUGUCUUUCUGCAUAUUACCUCUGUAGAUGUCUCUCCAUAGUGGGUAAACCCAAAGGUAUUUGUACAUGGCUCUUGAAGUGCAAUGGGGAGUUGGGUAGGAGAAACACAAUGGUGCUUGAUGAAUGCUUCUAAUAUAGUUUUUUCCCCACUGUUCAUUUAACAUAUUACCAUGAAGUACUAUCCAUAUGAUCGCUUAUCUAACUUUCUCUGCUGUUGUAUCUGUACCAAAUUUAACUCUUAAUAAAAACAACACAUUGA